UUUUUUUUCUUUUUUUUUGGCAUAUUAGUUUCCUUAUCAUAUAUUAUAACGCGUAUUUGUUAUAAAUGACUUACUUUAUUAUUAUUAUUUAAGAGCCUUAAAAAAAAAAGAAACACUUACACUUUUAUAUACAAAUAUAUAAAUAUAUUUUUGACAAAUAAUCAAUUUAAGCACAUAUACAAACUUAUAAUUAUAGAAAGAUGGUAGACGAUAGUCAUCAUGAAGAAGAAAACAGGGAAAAUCAUCAGCCUAAUCAUGAUUAUAGUAAUUUAAAUGUAACAGAAAAUACAGAAGAGUGUCGUCCUUUAAACGUGAAAGAUGCACUAACUUACCUUGACAAAGUUAAAGUUCAAUUUGCUUCUCAAGCUGAUAUUUAUAAUCAAUUUUUAAAUGUCAUGAAAGAUUUCAAAAGUCAAAGGACUGAUACACCAGGUGUUAUAGAACGUGUUUCAUCACUCUUUCGUGGAUAUCCAGAACUCAUAUCAGGCUUUAACACAUUCUUACCUCCAGGCUAUCGUAUAGAAUGCAAUAAUGAGAAUAUUACGGUAACAACUCCGUCAGGCAUUAUUAAAACAUCGAUUGAUAAAUCAAAGGAGCAACAACCUAUUGAGUUCAAUCAAGCUAUUCAUUUUGUUAAUAAAGUUAAAAGUCGAUUUAUGGGUCAAUCAGAUACAUAUAGAAAGUUUUUAGAAAUACUUCAAAAAUAUCAAAAAAAGGAAAUGCCUAUUCAACAGGUUUAUAAUGAAUUACAAGUAUUAUUCGAAGGUCUUAAUGAUUUAUUAGAUGAAUUUAAGCAAUUUUUACCUGAACCACCAAAGCCAAGAAAGAAAAGAAUUGUUAUACCUAACAAUACAAAUAUUACAAAGAAAACAAAACAUCAUCAUGAACCUGAAAUAUCAAAUGUUCGUUCAUCCUCACAAUCACCAUUUACAGAAGAGGAAGAACAAAGCUUUUUUGAAAAAGUCAAGCAACAUAUUGGAAAUGAAUCUACUUUUGACGCUUUUAUGAAAGUUUUAAAUCUUUUUUUUGUAAUUAAUCGUCAAAAGAAUAUGAUGGAACAGCAAGCUAUCUUGAUGAAUCGAGUUAAAGGCUUUAUUGGUAGUGAUCCCUCUCUCUUUGAAUGGUUUAAAACCUUGAUUGGUUAUAACAAUCAUACUCAGUCUAACAAAAAUAUUCGUCAUGCAAAUGGUGAACAGCUUCGUUAUCAAUAUGAACAUAAUUAUGAUAAUAUAGAUUUUAUUAUGGAUCGUACGACACUAGAAAGUUAUAACGGAGGCCCAAGUUAUAGAAAAAUAGCUUCCACUAAACAACUUCAAUGCUCUGGACGUGAUGCACUUUGUUUAGAAAUCUUGAAUGAUCAAUAUAUUUCUCGUCCAUCCUGUCAAAGUGAAGACACUGGAAUUGUAGCCUCAAAAAAGAAUCAAUAUGAGGAAGCGUUGCAUCGUGUAGAAGAAGAAAGAUAUGACUAUGAUUUGAAUAUCGAGGCUAAUUUAAAUACCAUAGCUUUAUUAGAGCCUAUAGCUAAAAAGAUUAGUAUCAUGAGUUCUGAAGAAAAGGCGUCUUUUCGUUUAUCUCCUGGUUUGUUAAUGAUGGAUAAGCAACAACAACAACAACAGCAGCAGCAACAACAACAAUCAUCUUCGCUGACUGUCUAUCAGCGUAUUAUGAAAAAGAUUUAUGGUAAUGAAAAGGGGCUUGAAAUGAUUGAAUUAUUACAUAAUAAUCCAGCACAAGCUGUUCCUAUUGUUUUAAAACGAUUAAAACAAAAAGAUGAUGAAUGGAAAAGAGCUCAAAGAGAAUGGAAUAAGAUUUGGAGAGAAGUUGAAAGAAAGAAUUAUUGGAAAUCACUCGAUUAUCAAGGAAUUCAAUUUAAAAUGACAGAUCGAAAAGCAACCACUACUCGUUCCUUAGUAUCUGAAGCUGAACAAAAGCAAAAAUUGUUAUUACAUAAAUCUGCAAUGACAUCAGAAGAACAAGAUUGUUUCUUUAGUUUUGGCACUGUAUUUAAUGAUAAGGCUAUCUUUAAAGAUAUGUCAAGGUUAAUUUAUUUUUAUUUGGAUCGUCAGCCAGUUUAUAAUCCAGAAGAUUGUGCAUCAAUGAAAGAGUUUAUGAAUUCAAUUAUUCCUUUAUUUUUUAAUAUUGAGGAUGUUGAACCUUCUGUAUCUACUUCUUCUUUUGAUGAAAUGGGUACAGUAGAUGAGGAUAAUGAAGACGAAGAUAACGAGGAUGAAGGUAAAAGCUUCAAUAAAAAUAAUUUCACUUCUACAACUCGACGAACAAGACGUGGAAAAUUGAAUAAUGAUGAAGAUGGUCUUCUAAAAGAUGUACUGCUACGUAAUUUAGCAAAGAAAAAGAAACCGUUAUCAAACCUUAGGUCAACUAGUUCUAUUGAAGAUGAAGAGGAUGGUGAUGAUGAGGAUGAAGAAGAGGAUGAAGAAGAGGAUGUAGAAGAAAACGAUGAAAAUAAUUCACAAAUAGCAAGACAAUUCCAUAAAGACAACAAGAUUAUCAAACCAACAAUACCAAAGGUAGCUACGCUUGCCUCAUUAAUUGAAAAGGAUAAUAAGAAGAGAAAAGAAGAAGAAGAGAAAGCGAUAGAAGAAAAGUUACACCAUUUCUUUGGUGAUAAUGGUUUCUACUGCUUCUUCCGACUGUAUCAAAUGUUAUAUGAACGAUUAUAUAAGAUGAAAUCGUUAGAUAUAGAAUUUAGAAAAAAUCCUGAAAAAGUCAAAAAAGCUUCACUAGAUGCACAUGAUUUAGGAAUAAGUUCCAAAAGAUUUAAAGCUUUAAAUAUGGAUUUAAAACGUGGUUACUACAAUAUUCUAUUAUCGUUAAUCGAUAAAUUAUUUGAAGGAGAGAUAGAUCAACAAAUAUUCGAAGAAUGUGUUCGUUAUAUUUUUGGUGGAGAUGCUUAUAUUAUGUUUACAAUUGAUAAACUUGUAUUAUCUAUAGUUCGUCACAUUCAUAUUAUCGUUGCUGAUUCACAAUCAUUGAACUUGUAUGAAUUAUUCAAGUCACAAGAACAAAGUGAAGAAUCAAUUGAUGCAUACCGAGCACAAAUAUCUAAUAUUAUUGAUUCAACAGAAAAUACAUUUCAUAUUAUCUUUAACUUAAAAGAUAGAACAUUGAAAUUUAGGCUACUGGAUAACAAUUUUGACUUACAAGCACAGAGUGAAGGAUAUGAUGAAUAUGUAUCGAGUUACAUUGAUUGGGGAAAUGAAACAAAAGGAAUUAAGCAGAUUUUACUAACUCCCACAUUUUUAAGGAGGUAAAUAAUAACAUAUUUGUAUACAAAACAUACUAAUUGUGUGUGUGUGUGUGUUUUUCCCAGAAACUUGAAUUCUAAGAGUUCUCUAUCAAAUAAUUUCUUAAUUCGAUCUGGUAUGCAAUACAAAAUUUGUCGAGAUACUUUUCAUAUGUUUUAUCUUAUUGGCACAGAAGAUACAUUUAUUCGUUAUAAUAAUAAUAAUAAUAAUAACACAACACCAAAAAGAACAAGCAAAUGGAAUAAUUGGUUAAAAGAUCAUUGGCAUCAAGGACUAA